AGGACGUGCGUUGAGACCUUGCUAAGGGCCUAACUCGCCUAGGCGUUGGAUGAACAAUAGCUAUUCGCACUGCAUGAUGAAUGAAAUAAUAAUUUAUAAUGCUUUCUCACUUAAGUUAAAAUGAUUAAUAACUUACGUAACACUUAACGUUAGAAAGAUAGCUAAACAAAUCAUAGACUCGUAGCCCAAUAGCUCACAAGUUCUUGAGCAAUUGGAAAUAUUGAUAUAAAAAAUUGGUCUCGUAGUUGAGGUUAGUUUUCUCCUUUAAUAUCGACUUCCUAACUCCUAAUUGUUUUUAUGAAAGACUUAGGCGUCAUCUUACUUCAUUGACGUGUUGCAGUACCUAACUAGGCGGGAAACUCCUAGGCGAGGCAUUUUGUCGUUGCCUAACCCCUAUACGUGCCUAAGCGUAACAUUAAGCGCGUCCUUUUGAACAAUGCACAAACCUUUUCACCAAUUCCACCUUCCGUCAGACAUCACCAACACUAUCGAAUGAGUCCCCCAACAUCGUUGACAAGCUGAUUCUCAUCGACGAGCCCUCAAAGCCACAAGCGACCUGCAAAAGCCCCACAAGAGAAGAAAAAGAACGAAAAAUUGACCCAGAAAAAUCAGAUGAAGACUGACAAGAUCCAGAAUGAUGUGCCUUAUUGUCCAUAAGUUGCAUACAGACCACUGCUCGAUGAGAACGUCUUUGCAUCUCCUAAUCACCAACUCGAUGGAUGAAACAAAGAUAUAGAUGAGAGAUCUACCAACACUAAAGCAAGCCAGAAAAGAUGAUUCUGAGGCCCGUCAAAAUGAUUUAUGAAAAUAUGAUAAACAGAAACACGUCAAAGAAAUAAUUAUGCGCGCUCCAUAAUUACAAAUAUCUAUCUCCAAUGUCACCGUUACGAAUUCUUGGCUCUAAACCACAGCCUUAUUGACAUUGGAUGUCGCGGGAGGGACAAUAAUUUCUUUAUGUUAGUGUUAGGAACCGAGAUAUUAUUUUACUUUAACGUAAAAAUGAUAGGAAUCUGAGGAUGAAUGCAGUAGAAAAAUAGGUACUAAACCGACAACUACUGAUGUAAUCUUACAUGAUGUCAGCAAAACGUGAGCUACAAACCAGAAAGUAAAGAAGUCCAGAGAGCAAAACCAGUCCAUAGAAACAACUUCUACGAACAAACUAACCGCAUUCCAAUCGAUAGGGGAGAGAUUUGAUUGAGAAACCUUCAAAACCCUACUUUCCCCCAUUUCUCUUCGCGCUCUUAAUCUUCACGUUGCUGAAUCCCUAGAUCAAAUGGCGGAAGAGCCAGCAUCCCCGUCGCCGGCGGCUCCGCCGCUGGGCUCGUCGGUGAUUCCCGUGGUGAACAAGCUCCAGGACAUAUUUGCCCAGCUCGGGAGCCAGUCCUCGAUCGAGCUGCCGCAGGUGGCGGUGGUCGGCAGCCAGAGCAGCGGCAAGUCGAGCGUGCUCGAGGCGCUGGUGGGGAGGGAUUUCCUGCCUCGCGGGAACGAAAUCUGCACGCGCCGGCCGCUGGUUCUGCAGCUGGUGCAGACGAAGAGGAAGGGCGACGGGAUCGAGGAAGAGUGGGGGGAGUUCCUCCAUCGGCCUGACAAGCGGUUCUACGACUUCUCCGAGAUCCGGAGUGAAAUCGAGGCUGUAACAGCUAGAGAAGCGGGAGAGAACAAAGGUGUCUCGGACAAGCAGAUCCGUUUGAAGAUUUUCUCUCCUAACGUUCUUGAUAUCACACUUGUUGAUCUUCCUGGUAUUACAAAAGUUCCUGUCGGUGACCAGCCCACUGAUAUUGAAUCGAGAAUCAGAACAAUGAUCAUGUCAUACAUAAAAAAGCCAAGCUGUCUUAUACUCGCUGUUACUGCUGCAAAUGCGGACUUGGCAAACUCGGAUGCUCUUCAAGUUGCAGGAGUUGCUGAUCCUGAUGGUUACAGGACCAUAGGUAUAAUAACAAAGUUGGAUAUCAUGGAUAGAGGUACUGAUGCCCGCAAUUUAUUACUCGGAAAAGUGAUUCCCCUGCGACUUGGUUAUGUAGGCGUUGUGAAUCGUAGGCAAGAGGACAUUAAUCUCAACCGAAGUAUUAAGGAUGCAUUAGCAGCAGAAGAGAAGUUUUUUCGCAGCCAUCCAGUUUACAGCACUGUAGCUGAUCGUUGUGGCGUUCCUCAGCUUGCAAAGAAAUUGAACAAUAUCUUAGUGCAGCAUAUUAAAGCAAUACUUCCUGGGUUGAAGUCUCGCAUUAGUGAUGCUCUUGUGAGUGUCGCAAAGGAACAUGCAAGCUAUGGAGAAAUCACUGAAUCUAAGGCUGGUCAAGGGGCUCUCGUGUUGAACAUAAUCUCAAAAUACUAUGAAGCUUUUGCUUCGAUGCUAGAAGGAAGAAAUGAAGAAUUGUCAACUUCCCAGCUCUCAGGCGUAGCAUUUAUUGAAUAUGUUUUCCAGUCAAUUUUUGUCCGAACUUUAGAGGAGGUUGAUCCUUGUGAGGAUUUGACAGAUGAUGACAUUCGUAUUGCCAUUCAAAAUGCUUGUGGUCCCAAAUCGUCAAUAUUUGUAGCAGUUGUGCCAUUUGAACUUCUUGUACGUCGGCAAAUUGCUCGUUUGCUGGAUCCGAGCCUUGAAUGUGCCAGGUUCAUAUAUGACGAGUUAAUAAAGAUUAGCCAUCGGUGUCUAGUGGUGGUAGAUGAACUACACCGGUUUCCUGUUCUAAGAAAACGCAUGGAUGAAGUUGUUGGGAACUUUUUACGUGAUGGUCUUGAACCUUCGGAGACCAUGAUCGGUCAUCUUAUAGAAACAGAGAUGGACUACAUAAACACGUCCCACCCAAGUUUUAUUGGAGGGACUAAGGCUGUGGAAGUUGCCGCACAACAAUUGAAGACUUCGAGACUGAGCAUCCCUGCCUCGAGGCAAAAGGACGGUGUAGAAGGUGAUAAAGCACCAGCAUCUGAAAGGACCCUAAAAUCUCGUGCUAUUAUUGGCAAGCCUGUUAAUGGAGUUAUGCCUGAUCAGGGGGUACGCCAGGUAGCAGAUGCUGAGAAGGUUGGGCCCUCUGGGAACCAUAGUGGAUCUUCUUGGGGCAUUUCAUCAAUUUUUGGCGGAAGUGAUAGUUCCCUUAGUCUUUCCAAGGACAGUUCAACAAGCAAAGCACAUGUUGAGCCUACUCACGGAAAUGACUAUUUGGACAAGAGUAGCAGCUCUGUUAUCCGAUUAAAAGAGCCUCCAACAAUCUUGAGACCUACAGAAGGCCUUUCUGAGCAGGAGUCUAUUGAAAUUACAGCCAUUAAGUUGCUAUUGCGAUCAUACUAUGAUAUUGUUCGGAGGAACAUUUCAGAUUUAGUGCCGAAAACCGUCAUGCACUUUCUUGUUCAGCAUGCGAAACGUGAGUUGCACAACAUUCUGAUUAAAAAGCUUUACAGAGAGAAUCUCUUUGAAGAGGUGCUACAAGAGCCCGACGAGAUCGCACAGAAGCGAAAGCGGACGAGAGAAACACUCAAAGUCCUCCAACAAGCUUUCCGGACACUGGAAGAACUGCCAUUGGAAGCUGAGUCACUCGAAAGGGGACACAGCACGGUUGCUGAUACAAUUGGUUUGCCUAGAGUUCGAACAACCACGAGCUCGAACGGGUAUCACUCUUCUCCGAGUAAUCCAAGGUCGAGGAAGUCCUCCCACUCCGGCGAGCUACUGCAAUCACAUUCUUCCACCGGUGUUGAUUCGAAUGGUAGCAGCGGCAGGGGUGUUUACAUGCAAGGUCUCUAUCCUUCCGUCGAUUGAUUCGAUAAAACAACGAUUGAUAGAUUGCUUCUUUAGAGGUAUUAGUGAUACUGAUAUCUUUCAGGAACCGAAGGAUUGUCUUAGAAGUAGAAUACAUGUUUUGAUGAUAAUUUAUACUUUGCCAGUGUGGUGGUGGGCAGGAUUCGGUUGCCAAGCGCAAGUGGUCUUUUUUUUUCCUUUGUGUAGAAAAGAGAUGCUCUUGGGAAUAAGUUGUUGCCUUGUUGUUGGUGGUUUUCCAUUGUCAGCCAGCAAGAUAGAGAGGGGUAUUUGUGUAAAUUAAUUAUGGUUCUGAGAUUUGUUUGUCGAAUUCCCAUAAGGAAUAGGUGACGUGAUCGGGGGGUUAUCGGAGACACAAAUUGUAGUUUCCACUGUAUUGUUAUCGACAUUGAUGCUUUAAUUUGGCAGGGCUUUGAUCUUGUCUAGGGUAUUCUAUUUUCAUGGUGAGACAAGUAGGCCUUUCACUCCUGAAUUUUGUAGGAAUCACAGCCUCUAAUUUAUAACGAUGGGUUUCGAUCUCGAAUUGAUCCAUCACAAUUGUGAUUAAUUAUCUAUUUGCGUUCUUCUGGAUGAUAGCGGAGAUGAGUGCAAAUGAUUUGUAUGUUAAACUCGAGAAACGAUUCUUCAACUAGUCAUUGUGUAUAUUGAUUAACAUUUAUAAUAAAUUAUCGUAAAUUUGUAAUAUUUUAGUAAUUUAUGUGUUUCUCGCUUUGUCUUCCAUGGAUCCUACUAGUACUCAUACGUGCAAUGUAUUUCAUUUCUUGUACCAACAUUUCAUUUGACCACUUUAAAUGAAGUAUUUACCGAUAGAGAAAAUUGACGAUUUUAUGAAUUUGAUACAAUUAAUUGUUUGCAAUUUGAAUUUCAAUAUUUUAUGGACAUUAUACGACUAACAAAUAAUAAUAAUAAUCAAAACUAUUCUUCGUGUUUUCCGGUUAUAGAAGUUGAAGAUCAGUGUGAGGUGCAUUUGAACAUAUCAUAUAACCCUCAACCCACUUUUUUUAGGAAAACCCUCAGCCCUUUGAUAGUAAUACAAACAAUCGAACAUUUUAGCCUAUAAUUUUUAGGUACUUGUUUGAUUUUGGUGAUUGUUUGGUUGUGAUAGUUACAGUGCAUGCAUUUUUCAUAAUGCAUCAUUUUUUUUUUUUUUUUGAAUUUUCUGCACAAACUAUACAUGCAUUGUUUGUUUGAUACGAUGGAAACUAUCACUCAAAAUGAGUGAUAGUAAUAUCUCAAGUUUUUGGUGAGAUUGUUUGUUUGAGAUUGUUGGCGUGUUUUCUACUUCCAACUAUGUCCCUACUUUUUGAUGUGUUUUGCUUUUUAUAUCAAUAACAAAGGGUAAAAAUGACAUUUCACCCAGAAAACAAUAUAUCUUAUUUAAAUAC